UGCGCCACCAGAACAGCAUUACAGCGAGGAAGGCUCCACCAGAUGGCAGUUUAGGAUUGUUCCUUUCUGCUCCAAGGCGCGGUUCCCGCUUCUCACGACAUAUUUACAAUAUUAAAAUCUACACACUUUUAUCAGAUAUAUCGAUUAUUUUAUUUCGGAAGACUGUAAUCGAUUGGUCAAUGGCCGGUAAAGGGGCUGGUGUGUUGUGAGGUGCUGUGUCCCCAGUGUUGAGUGAAUUUGGUCACCACUCUGUAACCCCCCACACACACACACACACACACACACACACACACACACACACGGUUGACCCAGUACCGAGCCACACCCCUCCUUCCAGCGGACCACACACCCACCCUUUCCUGAGGACACACCCCACUCUUUCCUGAGGACACACACCCCUCCCUCCAGCGGACCACACACACCCACUCUUUCCUGAGGACACACACCCCUCCCUCCAGCGGACCACACACACCCACUCUUUCCUGAGGACACACACCCCUCCAGCAGUCAGGAUGAUCACCUCUGAGCUGCCUGUCCUACAGGACUCGUCCAAUGAGAGCGGAGCGGCAGACACAGUGAGUCUGAGUGUGAGUGUGAGUGAGCUGGAGGACCCGACAGACACUAAAGGCAAGAAGAAGAGAGGGAGGCCUGGCAGACCACCAGCAGCCAAUAAGAAGCCUCGGAAGUCCCCAGCGGAGAAGGCUACAGGCGGGGCUAAAGGGAGGAAGGCCAAUGGGGUCCCUCAGACCAACGGCGAGGGAGGAGACCCCGUCACUCUGUUUGAGGUGGUCAGAAUGGGAAAGAGUGCCAUGCAGUCUGUGGUUGAUGACUGGAUCGAGUCGUACAAGCAGGACAGAGACAUCGCCUUACUGGACCUCAUCAACUUCUUUAUCCAGUGUUCUGGCUGCAAAGGCACCGUGCGCAUCGAGAUGUUCCGGAACAUGCAGAAUGCUGAGAUCAUCAGGAAGAUGACAGAGGAGUUUGACGAGGACAGUGGGGACUACCCUCUCACCAUGCCCGGGCCGCUGUGGAAGAAGUUCCGCUACAACUUCUGUGAGUUCAUCUGCGUAUUAAUACGUCAGUGCCAAUACAGCAUCAUCUACGAUGAGUACCUCAUGGACACAGUCAUAUCCCUCCUCACGGGACUGUCUGACUCACAGGUCAGAGCUUUCAGACACACCAGCACACUGGCAGCGAUGAAGUUGAUGACAGCGUUGGUGAACGUGGCGUUGAACCUCAGUAUCCACCAGGACAACACCCAGAGACAGUAUGAGGCUGAGAGGAACAAGAUGGCCGGAAAACGGGCCAAUGAGAAGCUAGAGCUGCUGCUGCAGAAGAGGAAGGAGCUCCAGGAGAACCAGGAUGAGAUUGAGAACAUGAUGAACUCUAUCUUCAAAGGAAUCUUUGUCCACCGCUACAGGGAUGCUAUAGCUGAGAUCAGAGCUAUCUGUAUUGAGGAGAUUGGAGUUUGGAUGAAGAUGUACUCUGACGCCUUCCUCAACGACAGCUACCUGAAAUAUGUAGGAUGGACCUUACACGACCGGCAAGGUGAGGUCCGUCUGAAGUGUCUGAAGGCUCUCCAGAACCUGUACACCAACAGAGAACUGUUUCCUAAACUGGAGCUGUUCACCAACCGCUUCAAGGACCGCAUCGUGUCCAUGACUCUGGAUAAGGAGUAUGACGUGGCUGUGGAGGCUAUUAGACUGAUCACUCUCAUCCUGCAGGGCAGCGAGGAUGCAUUGUCCAAUGAGGACUGCGAGAAUGUCUACCACCUGGUUUACUCCGCCCACAGACCUGUCGCCGUGGCAGCAGGAGAGUUUCUGCACAGGAAGUUGUUCAGCAGACAUGACCCCCAGGCAGAGGAGGAGUUGGCUAAGAGGAGAGGGAGGAGCAGCCCCAACGGGAACCUCCUCCGCAUGCUGGUGCUGUUCUUCUUGGAGAGUGAGCUUCAUGAACAUGCAGCCUAUCUGGUGGACUCUCUGUGGGAGAGUUCUCAGGAGCUGCUGAAGGACUGGGAGUGUAUGACUGAGUUACUGCUGGAGGAGCCUGUACAAGGAGAGGAGGUGCUGUCAGACAGACAGGAGAGUUCCCUGAUAGAGGUGAUGGUGUGUACCAUCCGGCAGGCAGCAGAGGCUCACCCACCCGUCGGCAGGGGCACUGGGAAGCGUGUUCUCACGGCGAAGGAGAGGAAGACUCAGAUCGACGACAAGAACAAACUGACAGAACACUUCAUCAUGGCCCUGCCCAUGCUGCUGUCUAAGUACCAGGCCGACUCUGAGAAGGUGGCUAACCUGCUACAGAUCCCUAUGUUCUUUGAUCUGGACGUGUACAGCGCUGGGCGUAUGGAGAAGCACCUAGAUGCCUUACUGAAGCAGAUCCGCCUGGUGGUGGAGAAACACAUUGAGACAGACGUGCUGGAGGCCUGCAGUAAGACCUACAGCAUCCUGUGUUCUGAGGAGUACACCAUCAUGAACAGAGUGGACAUCGCCCGCUCGCAACUCAUCGACGAGAUAACGGACCGCUUCACACACUCUGUAGAAGACCUGCUGCAAGAGGCCGAGGAGGCCGACGAUGACGACAUCUACAACGUUCUGUCUACCCUCAAGAGACUCACGGCCUUCCACAAUGCUCAUGACCUGACGCGGUGGGACCUGUUUGGUAGCUGCUACAGGUUGUUGAAGGCUGGUAUUGAGCAGGGGGCCAUGCCAGAGCAGAUCGCUGUCCAGGCCCUGCAGUGUUCCCACUACUCUAUACUGUGGCAGCUGGUGAAAAUCACAGAGGGAACUCCUAGUAAGGAGGACCUGGUGGCUCUGAGGAGAGUGGUGAAGUCCUUCCUGGCUGUCUGUCAGCAGUGUCUGUCCAAUGUCAACACACCUGUCAAAGAACAGGCCUUCAUGUUGUUGUGUGACCUGCUGAUGGUCUUCAGUCACCAGUUGGUGUCUGGGGGCAGAGAAGGACUGGAGGCCCUGGUGUUCAACCCAGACAGCACCUUACAGAACGAGCUGCUCACCUUCAUCCUGGACCACGUGUUUAUAGACCAGGAUGAUGAGAACCAGAGCAUGGAAGGUGACGAGGAGGAUGAAGCCAAUAAGAUAGAAGCCCUUCACAAGAGGAGAAACCUGCUCGCAGCCUUCAGCAAACUCAUCAUCUAUGACAUCGUGGACAUGCCUGCUGCUGCAGACAUCUUCAAACACUACAUGAAGACACACACACACACACACACACACACACACACAC